AUGUGUGAGAAAGUGUGCAAUAGUGGUAAAAUGACGAACAUUACUCCUGAGACAAGGAUCAUGAUGAUGCGGUCUAAUGAUGGAAGGAAUAGUUAUAGGCGACAGAUCUUGGCGGCUCUUGCGGUCUCCCUGGGUCCUUUCGCCGCAGGGCUCAGCAAAGGCUACAUGUCUCCAGCGAUAGCCUCGAUGCAGGACACCAGACCUCAUGAUGGAGGGUUCACCGUCAGCGACCAGCAGGCCAGCUGGAUUGCCAGUCUUAGUUUAUUGGGUGCUUUCAUCGGCGGUAUCAUGGGUGGGUUUGCGAUGCGUCUGGGCCGUCGCACCGUGCUCAUAGCUACCGCCUUACCUUACACCCUGGCGUGGCUCGCCACUGCAUUGUCAACCAGUGUGCACAUGAUAUCCGCAGCCUCAUUCUGCGGGGGAAUGCUCAUCUGCUGUAUUAAUAUGACUACACAAGUUUACGUCACUGAAAUAGCAGUCCCCGAAAUCAGAGGUUGCCUCAGCUCUGUACUCAAGAUAUUGAGCCAGAUUGGAAUCCUGAUAUCUUUCUCCAUCGGCGCUUAUUUGAACUGGUACCAACUCGCCCUCAUGGUCGCCGCAGCACCUAUACUUCUGUUCUUCGCUCUCUUCUUUAUUCCUGAAACUCCUUCUUCUCUUCUACUAAGAGGGAGGGAACAGGAAGCAGAAGAGUCUCUUCAGUGGCUUCGAGGACCAGAAGCAGACAUACGGCAAGAACUAGCAACAAUACGAACAAAUAUUCUCGCCAGCAAACUAUUCAAUGAUGACAAUGCUGGAAAAUUCAAAGCGUUGCUUUCGAAAAGAAUGACAAGGCCUGUUUUGAUAACAUGUGGACUGAUGUUCUUCCAGAGGUUUACUGGAGCGAACUUGUUCAACUUUUACGCAGUAAAGAUGUUUAAGAAAACCUUUAGAACGAUGAACCCUCACGGAGGAGCAAUAGCAACCAGCGUCGCUCAGCUGUUAGCGUCAUGUCUAUCAGGAAUGUUGAUUGACAACGUGGGUCGACUUCCCCUACUGAUGAUAAGUGGAGUAAUGAUGUCCAUAGCCCUAGCUGGCUUCGGAUCAUACGCCUAUUAUGAGGAAGUGUUUAGAAACUCUACAGAUUUAAUGCAAUCAGAACCGACGUACGAUUGGAUCCCUCUACUAUGCGUCUUGACUUUUACAAUCGCGUUUUCUUUGGGAAUCAGCCCAAUCUCUUCUCUGUUAAUUGGGGAGCUAUUUCCUCUUGAAUACAGAAGUACUGGCAGUGCUCUAGCUACAAGCUUCAGUCAUCUUUGUGGGUUUGUUAACGUCAAGACAGCUACUGAUAUCCAAGACUAUAUAGGUCUUUAUGGGCUAUUUUGGAUGUAUGCUGGGAUUUCAGUACUAUGUCUUCUAUUUGUGGUACUUUUCGUUCCAGAAACAAAAGGUCGUGAGAUCGAUGAAAUGGAUCCAAAGUACGUGGAGUCUCUGUGUAUUAAUCGAUAG